AUGCGACGACGCCCAUUGAUUCAAUAUAUAACUUUUGGAAAAAUGUCGGAUAUCUAUUGUAUUUCCUGUAAACAGUUGUCUGAUGAUAAUCACCGAAAUGUGUUUGAUGACAAAUUGUUACUUAACUUACAAGAAAAAGACACACAUGAGAAACCUGAUGGAUAUAUGACACUGAGAGAUGCUAUCGAAUUAAUUACUGGUCAUACAAUAUCAGAGAUAGAUAAUGCAAUUUUGUGUAAAAUAUGCUUUUAUAAAGUAGAAUCAUACAUAAAAUUCCGUUCUCAACUUGUUGCUUCAUUUGGAAAAUUAAACAUUCAAAUAUCAGACUGUGAUUCACUAAAUUUAACAAGUGUGGAUACUAAUACGAAUUCAUUAAUCUCUAAAAUAACUAGUACAGAAUCAGAAAUAUUCAAGGAGAUAAUGAACGUCAAUGAAAACAGUAUUUCUUCAAACUGUAGCAUUAAUUUAGAAUUAUCGAGCAACGAGACGUCAUUAUGUUUAUCAGAUUUCCAUCAUUAUGUUGAUAAUGUCUCUGAUGAUGUCAGUGAUAUUGAUGAUUAUUUGAAUGUUGAUAUAUCUCGUUCAAGGAUUCAGAAGAGUGAUAUAGAAUCAGAUAUAAAUGUAUGCUCUUGUGAAGACGAUGAAAUAUUAGAAUUACCUGUCGAAUAUAAACACAGUGAAAUUAUCAAUAUUAGUUCAACAGAAUCAGAGGAAGAUUAUGAUUAUGGACCGACUUUCAAAAAAAUUAAGCUUUCAAAUCAAAUUUCACCUCCAGUGUUAUCAUCUUAA